AUCAAGAGCAAAGUGGUUUACCACUACAUACAACCAAAAUAUUCCUCCAGCUAGAUGGGAGUAACGUUCAAUGGUUUAUACAUCACAAUUCUCUCUCUGAACAGAAUUCUAGCUAAAGAACAACCUAUUAUUUCUAAAGCAGGUGUCUAUCUGUAGAAGAAGCAAAUAACCCAUUCUCUGCUUCAAAAUGAGUAACAGCUGCUGUCAAUAUGAGACGCCCGUGCUGGACCAGUUUCUGCCUCCAUUACUUCUGUUUGAGUUUGUGCUGGGACUGGUUGGCAACUCUAUUGGAUUAUGGAUGAUCUGCCGCCAAGUGAAGUUGUGGAAGCCUUACUCUGUAUAUCUCUUCAGCCUGACACUGGCAGACUUUCUUGUCCUCUUUUCUGUGUUGUUCCGGGCAGAUUAUUAUCUAAGAAAGAAAGACUGGAUCUAUGGUGACAUGCCUUGCAGAAUCUUUCUCUUCACACUUUCUGCUUGCAGAUCUGCUGGCGUCAUCUUUCUAACCGUUAUUGCCAUUGAUCGUUACUGCAAAAUACUGAUCCCUUUCCACAGAGUGAAUAACGUCACAGUCAAGAAAGCUGCCAUAUUCUGCUGCUUGAUGUGGCUUGGAAUUAUAGCAUUGUACUCUUACCUUUUAACAGGGUCACAUUCAGUAAAGAUGAACAACUCCACACAGUGUGAAAGUUUCCAGAUCUGUCCUACAGACUUUUCCACGGCUGCCUUGCACGAAGGCUUGUACAUUCUGAUGUGCAUUUGCUCCCUAGCCAUUAUGUCCUAUUGCACAGUGUGCAUUGCUCUGCACUUAAACAACAACACUAUAGAUAAGGAUGGCAAGAUCCGCAGAGCUGUGAGAUUUGUACUCUCCAUCACUCUAGUAUAUACAGUGUGUUACUUGCCCAGCACUCUGGUCAGAAUCUCUAUCUGGAUGCUGAAGUUAAAGAGACAUGAAGACUGUGCAGUAUACACAGAUGCUAAUGUUGCAUUUUAUUCCACUAUAUGCUUUACCUACUUUUACAGCAUGCUGAAUCCCAUUAUUUACUACUUGUCUAGUACCUCUCCCAGCCAGUUCAGUGGAACAACUCUUGCAAAGAUCUGUUGCACAAAAUGCAAUUAUUGUUUUGAAAACUAGACUUUUUUAAACGUGGAAAAUGUUAUUAUAACUUUUCAAUAUAUGUGGUUUUUAAAGUGAUACUGACACUAAACAUUUUCUUUUCAAAAUA